AUGGCGCGGUACGGUCAAAGACCGGAAAAUGCCCUGAAACGGGCCAGUGAGUUUAUGGACUUGGAUAAGCCCGCGCGAGCCUUAGACACGCUACAGGAGGUGUUUCGCAACAAAAAAUGGGCUUACAACUGGUCGGAGUCUGUAUUAGAACCGAUCAUGUUCAAAUAUUUGGAGCUAUGCGUCGACCUUCGAAAAUCUCAUAUUGCCAAGGAGGGCCUCUUCCAGUACAGGAACAUGUUUCAAUCUGUGAACGUUGGGUCGCUGGAACAAGUUAUAAGAGGUUAUUUACGAAUGGCUGAAGAGCGUACAGAAGCUGCUAGAGCACAGUCAACACAAGCUGUCAUUGAAACUGAUGACUUGGAUAACUUGGCCACUCCUGAGAGCAUUCUCUUAAGUGCAGUCUCUGGUGAAGAUGCUCAAGAUCGUUCUGAUAGAACUAUUCUAACACCAUGGGUUAAAUUCCUGUGGGAAUCAUAUUGCCAGUGUCUAGAGUUGCUCCGUACCAACGCCCAUGUGGAGACUUUGUACCAUGACAUUGCACGCAUGGCCUUCCAGUUCUGUCUCAAGUACUCACGCAAGACCGAGUUCAGGAAACUCUGCGACAAACUCAGGAAGCAUCUUGAGGAUAUUUGCAAGCCUAAUGUGCAAACUGGAAAUGUGAGCAUUUCCAAGCCUGAGACUCAGCAACUCAAUUUGGAGACCAGACUCUUCCAACUAGACAGUGCUAUUCAAAUGGAACUUUGGCAGGAAGCCUAUAAAGCGAUUGAAGACAUCCACAACCUGAUGAAUAUGUCUAAGAAGACACCAGUUGCGAAGACCAUGGCCAAUUACUAUGGGAAACUGGCACUGGUGUUUUGGAAGGCCGGCCAUUGUCUCUUCCAUGCCGCCGCCUUGCUGAAACUAUUCCAACUGUCCAGGGAGAUGAAGAAGAAUAUUACCCAGGAAGAACUGCAGAAGAUGGCUUGUCGAGUUCUGGUGGCUGUUCUAUCCGUUCCUCUGCCGUCUCUUCACCCUGAGUUCGAUCGAUUCGUAGACACGGACAAGAGUCCCGUGGAGAAGGCUCAGAGACUUGCUGUGCUGCUCGGACUGGCUCAGCCGCCUACUAGAACUAGUCUGCUCAAAGAUGUGGUCCGCCUCAAUGUGGUAGGAUUGGCAUCUCCGCAGUUGCAGCAGUUGUAUGCGUGGUUGGAAGUGGAGUUUGACCCACACUCAAUAUGCCAUAACGUGAAAGGCGUUAUAAAGGCACUGCAGGACGAGCCCAAUUCCCCCCUAGCUCAGUACACAACAGCUUUGAACGACGUGGCAUUAGUCCGUCUGAUCCGGCAAGUGGCCCAAUGCUACGCCUGCAUCAAGUUCGAUAGAUUACUGGAGUUGGCCGGCACCGAGGACCUAUUCCACCUGGAACGUUUGUUGGUGGACUGCGUGCGUCACAAUGAUAUGCAGAUACGGGUCGAUCAUGCUAAUAAAUCCGUCCACUUCGGCGUGGAAGCCGGCGGCGGUGAAUGGUGUUCGGCCGCCGAUGAAGCCUGCGGUGGUGCCAUACUGCAAGCUACGCCCGCUGAGCAGGUUCGCGAACAACUAGUACGAGCUGCGGAAGUACUAUCAGUGGCAGCCCAAACUCUGUUCCCCGGCCGAAGGCGAGCGGAGAGAGAACGGGCUCGCGUGAACAUGGUGCAACAUUACCAUGAGAAUAAGCAUGCGGAACAUGCUAGAGUGUUGCAACGACACAAGAUCAUAGAGGAGAGGAAGGAGUAUAUUGAGAGGCUGAACACCGUAAGAGAGGAGGAGGAAUUAAGACGUCAAGAGGAACAAGUCCGUUUGGCUGCCGCGGCCGAAGCCCGUCGGUUAGAGCAGGAGAGGGAGGAGAGAGAGAGACGCAAGCAUGCUUCCGAAUUGGCCGCCAUGAAGGAGAGACACAGGAAGGAGAGAAUGGCACACAUUUCCCAGACCGCCCACGGCAAGAAGAUGCUGCAGAAACUAGAUGAAGAGGAGAUCAAGAAGAUGGACGCGGAAGCCAUUGCUCAGCGCGAAGCUGAAGAGCUGAUGAAGGAACGCCGCGAGCUGCAGGCCAGGCUCAAGUCGCAGGAAAAGAAGGUUGAUUACUUCGAGCGUGCCAAGCGCUUGGAAGAGAUUCCGCUAUUGCAGAAGAGCUUAGAAGAGAAGCAGGUGCAAGAUAAGGCGUUCUGGGAACAACAGGAGAAGGAACGCAUACAACAGCUUAUUGAGGCACGCGCCCGCGACGUUGCCACAUCGGAACGAUUGAUGCGAAUGCUUGCACACCGCGACGAAUUCGUGGCCAAACUGCAGUCCGAACGAGGAACGGCCCAUCAACAACGCCUGGCUGCCUUCCACGACAAACUCAAUGCGGAGAGGGAGAAACGACUGGCAGACAGGCGGAAGCAACGCAUCGAACAACGCAGACAAGAGUGGUUAGCUGAGAAGCAUCGCGCAGAAGAGAGGGCCGCAGAGGAAGCGCGCCGCAUCAAGGAAGAGGAAGAGAGACGCGAGAGGGAAGAGCGAGACCGCAAGAUGGCCGAAGAACUAGCCGCACAACGCGAGAAGGAACGCGAGAAAGAGAGGGAGCAUCAAGAGUACCUCGCCCGCGUGGAGGCCAAAGCUCGCGCGAAGGAAGCGGAGGUGCAAAGGAAACUGGAAGAACAGAAGGCUGCUGCCAUGUCUAGUUGGAGGCGAGGCGGGGAGAAAGACGAUGCCUGGAGGAAACCCCCCGCCGACGCUAAGCCAGCCCCCGCCGCCGCUGUCGACAAGAAACCGGAGCCGUGGCGAGCCAGUCGCACUCGUGAGCCGGGUAGAGGUGAAGAAAGACCUCGUACACCAGAAAGACCCCGCGAAAGACCCAGGGAUGAGCGCCCGCCGCCCAGGGAGGAAAGACGUGACGAUCGUCCUAUCGAGCGGUCCCGUGAUGAGCGUCCACGCGAUGAACGACCAAGGGACGAUAGGCCAAGGGAUGACAGGCCAAGGGACGACAGGCCAAGGGACGAUAGACCAAGAGACGAUAGGCCACGAGACGACGGUGCCUGGCGGUCUACUAACCGGGAACCUGAUAGAGAGAGGCCUCGAUACACGGGCCGUUCCAGCGGGCCGGAGAGUGGAAGCAGCUGGCGACGCGGGCCCGCAGAACCUGCAGCGCCUGCCACAGGGGAUCGCUCUUCCAACACAUGGCGCUUCAAGGAAGGAGGAGCUCCUCGGGAGCGCGACGAACGCUACCGCGACGCGCCUCGCGGCGACCGCGAGUUCCGCGACCGCGACCCGCCGCGCGGUGACCGCGACCGCGAGUUCCGUGACCGCGAUCCGCCGCGCGGUGACCGCGACCGUGGGUUCGGUGACCGCGAUAGAGACCGCGACCGCUACCCGCCCGCCCGUCGCGAUGAUGGACCCAGGAGGGACGAUCGCGACGGACCAAGGCGCGAUGAACGCGACGCCCCGCGACGCGACGAUCGCGAGCGACGCGGCCCACCACCGCCCAGACGCGAUGAGAAACCUCGCGAUCCCGACGGUGACGACUGGCAACCGGUCACCAGACGCUAA